CGUCACGUCGCUGUGGAUUGGCUCCUUUCACUCUAUUCAAUUCUUGGACUCGCCUUCGAGUGGAUCCAGUACAGGAUGCUUCCAAGCCUUCCAGUAGAACGAUGGAUGGUCUAUUGGCCCCCUAUGAGUGGACCAUAUAAGCGUCUCAAAAGUCUUGGACGACUACACACAAAGUAUUAUAUCUCGGAAAUGGCUCCAUCUGGCUGCUUCUGAUGUCCAUGCCUUUGCUGUGAAUUUUUUUUUCGCCUUCCUCUUCUUCCAAUUUUUUUCCUAGCGCCUUGCUUGCAAGACCGGCUUCUCUUCUCUGAGCACUGUCUUCUGACCAUAUACAGGCGUCCAAGUCAGGCACUUGGCCCUGGUAUAUACCUUCGUUUCAUUGAUAUACCCUUUCUUUGUAUAGAUACUUCUUUUUUUUCUAGUCCCUCUAGCAGAGGCUUAAUAUCGUUCAUUCCAAACUCAGAAGCAGCACAAGAUUGCCACCAUGAGAUUUCUUCUGACUUUUCUGAUUACUUUCUCUCUCGCCUGCGGGGUGCUUUCACUUCCGUCCGGCUUAAAGUCUCAAGUCAAAGGCAGGUCCUUUAAGGUUGAGCGGGUACGGCGCGGAAAUGAGCCUGUCCAUGGCCCAGCGGCUCUGCGCAGAGCAUACGAGAAAUUCGGGAUUGUCCCAACAGACCUUGGGAUCGAUUUGGAUGAUUUUGAACCCAUAACGGAAAGGCAUGCUGUCAUUGCGAAGAAAGAUGCCACUGAGCCGGACCAAAAAGGUGCUGUUAGUGCAGCCUCAGUCCUGGGGGAUGCUGCAUUUGUCUCUCCCGUCACUAUCGGCGGUCAAAAACUUGUCUUGAACUUUGACACUGGCUCUGCCGACUUCUGGGUGAUGAAUACGGGGCUUCCAGAAGAAGCUCAAAAGGGUCGUACAGUGUAUAACCCUUCCAACUCUUCUACGUUCAAGAAAAUUGAGGGGGCUACUUUCAACAUCUCCUACGGUGAUGCCUCGUAUGCGUAUGGUGGUGUGGGUACGGACACUGUCAACGUGGGGGGUGCCAUUGUCUCAGACCAAGCCAUUGGUAUUCCGGAUAUGGUAUCCAGCGCAUUCAUUGAAGAUGCCACCUCAAAUGGUUUAGUGGGAUUAGGAUUCUCGUCUCUCAACACCUUCAAGCCUAAGCAGCAGAAAACCUUCUUCGAUAACAUUGCCGACAGUCUGCAGGAGCCUGUUAUGACUGCGUCCCUCAAAGCCGACGGCGUCGGCGAGUACGAAUUUGGCAUACUCGAUCAUGACAAGUACCAGGGCGACAUCGCCAAUGUGAGCGUAGACUCUUCUAGUGGGUUUUGGCAGUUCGAAUCGGCGAAGUUUGCUAUUGCGGAUGGAGAUAUACAAACCAUCAAAGAGAACCCUACUGCCAUUGCAGACACCGGAACCUCGCUUAUGCUGCUCAGCCAAGAAGUGGUAGACGCCUACUAUGCAAAGAUUGAAGGUGCAAUUUAUGCCAGCAGUGCCAGCGGAUACAUCUAUCCCUGCAAUGCCUCGCUUCCGAGUAUUUCAGUUGCGUUAGGAUCCAAGCAUCUGGCGACAGUUCCAGGCAAUCUGAUCAAUUUCUCUGAAGUUGGUAUCAACAAGACGACCGGCGGGAAGGUUUGCUUCGGGGGUGUUCAAUCUAACCAAGGGUCCUCGAUGCAAAUCCUCGGCGAUGUGUUCCUGAAGGCCUUCUUCGUGGUCUUCGACUUGCGGGGACCUUCUCUGGGAGUUGCAACCCCCAAAUAGUUCGGAUACGGUCAUCUUGGGUCACAUCAAUCAACAAUUAUCGAAAGAUAGAGUAUAGAAUAUAAGAAAGAUUUCAUACACAUCUUAUCUUUCUUUAUCAACGGGUUAGACCCGAGAUAGGGUCAAAUCAUGGACCAAAGGAAGCCAAACGCUCCCCAAUUCUGUAGAUUACCGGUUAUCCAUAAGAAGUAGUAGAUCAUUAUCAGAGAAUAGGGCAAGAAUAAGAAGGCUUAAGAGGAUCUACACGCAGAAUAUCAUCGUGAACCAAACCUUAGUUUGGGUAUGCUUAAAACAAACGCCGUUUUGGAAUGCUGAGUCAUGCAUUGAAAUCCUAACCGGAUCUGGUUAGAGCUCGAACAAGCAGCAGACAAAAAAAAAUCAAAGCAAAAACCACGCCUUUGAACCGCUCGCAAGUAC